AUGCACUUCGUCUCGUUCACGCUGCAGCCGCCGGGCGGCGUCGUCGCGGCGAUCUACGGCCAGUUCAGCGCGGCCAAGGCCCAGGAGAUCGUCGUCGCGCGGCCCGGCGGCGUGCUCGAGCUGCUGCGGCCCGACGAGGCGAGCGGCAAGGUCGUGAGCGUGGCGACGACGCCGACGUUCAGCGUCAUCCGGUCGCUCGCGCCGUUCCGGCUCACGGGCGGGUCGCGCGACUACGUCGUCGUCGGGAGCGACGCGGGCGCCGUCGCCGUCGUCGAGUUCGACGCGGCGGCGAACUCCUUCGCGCGCGUGCACUGCGAGGUCUUCGGGAAGACGGGCUGCCGCCGCGGCGUGCCCGGCCAGUACGUCUGCUGCGACCCCCGGGGCCGCGCGCUCAUGGUCGCGGCCGUCGAGAAGCAGAAGCUCGUCUACGUCAUGAACCGCGACGCGUCGUCGAACCUGACCAUCGGGUCGCCACUCGAGGCGCACAAGGCCGCGACGGUGUGCUUCCACGCCGUCGCGCUCGACGUGGGCUUCGACAACCCGACCUUCGCCGCGCUCGAGCUCGAGUACGGCGACUGCGACGCCGACGCGUCGGGCGAGGCCGUCGACGAGACGGAGAAGAUGCUCACGUACUACGAGCUCGACCUCGGGCUCAACCACGUCACGCGGCGCUGGUCCGAGCCCGUGUCGCGCACGGCGAACCUGCUCGUCGCCGUGCCCGGCGGCGACGAGGGCCCGAGCGGCGUGCUCGUCUGCGGCGAGAACUGGGUCGCGUACAAGCACGAGGGCCACGCGGAGGUCCGCGCGCCGCUGCCGCGGCGCCUCGGCUACCCGGCGAAUAGGGGGUUGUUGAUCACGGCGACGGCGACGCACCGGCAGCGCGAGCUCUUCUUCUUCCUCCUCCAAUCAGAGCUCGGCGACCUCUACAAGGUCACGCUCGCGUGGGCGCCGGGCGCGGGCGUCUCCGACGUCCGCGCGUCCGUCUUCGACUGCAUCUUCCCCUGCGCCGCGCUCUGCAUCACGCGCACGGGCCUCCUCUACGCGGCGGCCGAGUUCGGCGACCACGGCCUCUUCCAGUUCCAGGGCAUCGGCGACGACGACGGCGCCGCGGCCGCGGCGGCCGUCCACGACCCCGAGCUCGGCGACGACGCGGCGUCGGCGGCGACCGUCGCGCCGACCUUCGUCGCGUCGGACCGGCCGAAGAACCUGCUCCUCCUCGACGAGCCCGCGAGCUGCCGCGCGAUCACGGACGUGUACUGCGGCGACCUCGCGGGCGAGGAGGCGCCGCAGGUCUACGCGCUCUGCGGCAAGGGCCACCGGAGCUCGCUCCGCGUGCUGCGCCACGGCGUCGCCGUGUCCGAGAUGGCCGUGUCCGAGCUGCCCGGGCGGCCCUCGGCCGUCUGGACGGUCCGGGGCCGCCACGACGAGCCCUACGACAAGUACAUCGUCGUGUCGUUCACGAACGCGACGCUCGUGCUCUCCAUCGGCGAGACCGUCGAGGAGGUCACGGACAGCGGCUUCCUCGCGACGGCGCCGACGCUCGACGUCGCGCUCCUCGCGGACAACGCGCUCCUCCAGGUCCACGGCGAGGGCAUCCGCCACGUCCGCGGCGACCUCCGCAUCUCCGAGUGGAAGACGCCCGGCCGCAAGGCCAUCGAGAAAGCCGCGGCGAACGAGCGCCAGGUCGCGGCGGCGCUCGCGGGCGGCGAGGUCAUCUACUUCGAGCUCGACGCGUCCGGCGCGCUCGCGGAGCUCGGGACCAAGGAGCUCGGCGUCGAGGUCGCGUGCCUCGACGUCGGCGUCGUGCCGGCGGGCCGCGCGCGCGCGCCCUUCCUCGCCCUCGGCGGCUGGGACGGGUCCCUCCGGCUCCUGUCGCUCGCGCCGGACGAGCUCCUCGUCCAGGUCGCGACGAUGCAGCUCGGCGCGCGCGCGGAGUCGGUCCGGUUCUGCGAAACGCCCGACGGCCGCCUCGGCGUCGCCGCGGGCCUGGCCAACGGCGUGCUCCAGCGCGCGGCCGUCGACGCGUCCACGGGCCAGCUCGGCGACGCGCGCGCGCGCUUCCUCGGGUCGCGCGCCGUGCGCCUCUUCCGCGUCGACGUCGGCGGCGCGCCGGGCCUCCUCGCGCUGUCGUCGCGGGCCUGGCUCUGCUACGCGCACGCGGGGCGCCUCGAGACCGCGCCGCUGAGCUACGACGCCCUCGAGCACGCCGCGGGCUUCAAGAGCGAGCAGUGCCCCGAGGGCGUCGUCGCCAUCGCGGGGAGCACGCUCCGCAUCUUCGUGCCCGACAAGCUCGGCGAGACCUUCAACCAGUCCGCGCUGCCCCUCCGCUACACGCCGCGGCGCCUCGCCGUGCUGCCCGGCGGCGGCCACCUCCUCGUCGUCGAGGCGGACCAGCACGCGUACAACGACGCGGAGCGGCGCGCGCUCGCGGCGGCGCAGAGCCUCGCCGGCGCGCCCGCCGCCGGCGGCGGCGGCGGCGGCGGCGGCGGCGGCGACGACAUGGACCUCGGCGACGGCGCCGGCGGCGGCGGCGACGGCGCGCCGCGCGUCGCGGUCUGCGGGCCGACGCCGCCCGCGGACGGCAAGUGGGCGUCGUGCGUCCGCGUCGUCGACCCCGUCGCGGGCCGGACGCUCGAGCUCCUCGAGCUCGGCGAGAGCGAGGCCGCGCUGUCCUGCGCGACGGUGUCCUUCGCGGGCCGCGGCGGCGAGGUCUUCGUCGCCGUGGGCACCGCGCGGUCGCUCACGUUCCACCCGCGCGCGCACGAGGGCUGCUACGUCCACGUCUACCGGCUCCUCGAGUCGCGGCUCGUGCUGCUGCACCGCACGGAGGUCGACGACGUGCCCCUGGGCCUCGCGGAGUUCCGGGGCCGGCUCCUCGUCGCCGUGGGCGCGACGCUGCGCAUGUACGACCUCGGCAAGCGCAAGCUCCUGCGCAAGACCGAGGCCGCGCUCGCGCCGACGCUCAUCACCAAGGUCGAGGUCGUCGGCGACCGCAUCUUCGUCGCCGACGCGGCCAUGUCCGUGCACCUCGCGCGCUACGUCCGCGACCGCAACCGGCUCGCGGUCUUCGCGGACGACCCCGUGGGCCGGUGCGUGACGGCGUUCGCGCCGCUCGACUACGACACCGUCGCCGUCGCGGACAAGUUCGGCAACGUCGCCGUGCUGCGCCUCGGGCCCGAGUGCUCCGACGACGUCGACGACGCCGCCGGCGACGCCUGGGACAACGGCCGCAACGGCGGCGCGCCGAACAAGCUCACGCAGCUCGCGCACUACCACGUCGGCGACGUCGUCACGGCGCUCCGCAAGGCGACGCUCGUCGCCGGCGGCGCCGAGGGCAUCGUCUACGCGACGGUGAGCGGCGGCGUCGGCGCCCUCGUGCCGUCGGCGAGCCGCGAGGACCGCGACUUCUUCGCGCACCUCGAGAUGCACAUGCGGCAGGAGCUCGCGCCCGUCACGGGCCGCGACCACGUGUCCUACCGGUCCUACUACCUCCCCGUCAAGGACGUCGCCGACGGCGACCUCUGCGCCGAGUUCGCGCGGCUCCCCUUCGACGCGCAGAAGCGCGUCGCCGAGGACCUCGACCGCACGCCGGGCGAGGUCGCGAAGAAGCUCGAGGACACGCGCAACCGCCUCCUCUAG